CCUAGAUCCACCGCACUACUACACUAGUCUUUUUCGAAUCGCACAGCUAAGAUAAAUACGACUAAGUAUUCUACGGUAACUCUCUAUCCCAACUCCAGAAGUCGAAGUAAACCCGGACUUGGCAGACUGUAAUCGAUCGGCCGCGAUUCGUUUUGCCUGUGUAUGCCAUUGGAUCAGGGACUUUCCAUUAGGUACGUUGGAGGUUUAAACGAAGAUGUCUUCCAAGCUCUCACCUCCUAACACGCCAAGGUGAGAAUCCUCCACACAACGACGCUCUCUCCGGCGGUAAGACAACCUCACCAAGCUUCUCAACCCUUUCAAUUUGUACAAAGCCGUCCCACCGGACAUCGCGAAUCGGCACAUUCAUAUCAACGAAAUACAAUGUCACCAACGAUAUCCAGCAAGUCACUCCCCUCGUCGGAAUCUGCAACCUUUACCGACUCUUCAUUCUUCUCGCGGAAUGGGCCGGGCGCCCAGCUGCCAUCACCUGCAGACGUUCGCGCGAGGAGCGCAACGCAGGCGAGAUGGACGCGUAACUACGCCGAACCACCGGCCCGCUUCGAAGAGCUCGGCCUUGUCGUCAAAUUUGGAGGUACACCCGGAGUAACAGUCGCCGAGGGCCAGUAUAUGGAACUGGUGCAAGGCGUUACUUUGGAGGACAGAUGGGUUACUCUAGACCGGACUGGCCUGCGACAUGCGCCGGACGACGGUUUCUUCCUUGGCCAUGUGAACCGUGAGCCGUUGGGCGACAUAGUUUUCACCAACGAAAAUCGGCCCCCCGCAGGGCCUUUCCAGUCCGUUGCCGAAUUUCACGACUGGCUGUCUUUGCAGACCGGGACGGGCCUCGAAGCCCACUGGCCCGGCAAACAACCCUGGGAAAUUCCGGAUCCCUACCGGGACGGCUUGCCCGACAAUGCAGCGGUAGUCUUUACGCAUGCGGAUCUACAUCCGAGUAACAUUAUCGUCUCGAGAUGUUCGCCAUGUAAGAUUGCUGCGCUCAUCGACUGGCGGCAGUCGGGAUGGUAUCCGGAGUACUGGGAGUGCUGCAAAGCUUUCUACACAGCUGAGGUCCGUGGCGAAUGGAUGGAGAAAUAUAUCCCGCUGUUUCUCGAUGAGCCUGCCUGUAUCGACACCUUUGACGACUAUGCGAGGACUUUUGGGUACUGA